AUGCCCAUCUUUCAUUCGUUCGUUGCCCUUCUCCCGUCUAGUAUGUCAUCUUUCACUGGUGUACUUCGGUCCAUUCAAGUCAUCCUUUCGUUCCUGACCCCAUUGUCGAUUUUUGUCCUUUCUUCUUUUCAUACUCUACACGCUCGUUUUUUCUUCCAUAUUCUUCCUUCACUCAACUUCGUCUCAAAUUUCCACCUAGUGUUACAUAGCUGUCCUCUCCUUUUAAAAUUUCCUCCUUUUACCCGCCAUCUAUCCUUUCUGACCCGCCUCCUUUCCGUUAUCCAAUCCUCCAAGACAUGCAAAAUGUCCCCGAGAUCGGCGAAGAUGUCCUAUGUCCUAUGCAACGCAUAA